AGUAGGCCAUGGUAGAGGCAGAGGUUGUCGACACAGCAACCGAGACGAAUGGCUAUGCUCACUCCGAGCCGUCCCCUGAUAAACUAACAACAGUUGGUGAAGAGAAGAAAGUGAGUUAAACAAAGUUCUAUAUUUAGAUUCACCUGAGAGAAGAAAGUAUUAUUGAGACAGAACCACUACAGCAACAACACAGGACUGACAAACGGCUCUAUCAACAAUAACAACUCUAGUAACAAUGCAGUCUCCAACGAUAACAUUAACAACUCCAGACAGUCCCAACAGAGGAACACAGCAAUAUUCUCUAAUCCCAUCAAACAGGCACAACAGAUGCCCUACAAAAGAUCGCCCAGUCCAGCCCAGCAGCAGUGGCAGAGUAACCGAGGUAACUACUGGUCCGGUCAGCAGAAAAUGUCUUACCACUCUCCCUACAUGCAGAACAAUAAUUAUAAUAACGGAGGAGGUUACAGGAAUGAUAACAACCAGUCCGAGCAACUGAGCCGCACUAAUCUCUAUAUACGAGGACUGCCCCACCAUACCACUGAUGAUGAACUUGCUAACAUGUGUAAAAGGUUUGGUAAGAUCACCUCGACAAAGGCCAUCACUGACAAGCAGAGCAACAAAUGCAAGGGAUAUGGGUUUGUUGACUUUGAAAGCCCUGAGGCGGCACAGAAAGCUUGCCAACAUCUUACUUUGCAAGGAACGCAAGCAUCGUUUGCUAAGAUGUCAAUCAACGAUCAAAUCAGAAAACAACAGCACGAUCCUUCAAAGAUAAAGCAACACAACGACAAUAUAGACGUGACAAACCUGUAUAUCAGCAAUCUACCUCGAUCCUUCACGGAGGAACAACUCAACAGUUUGGUGAUGCCGUUCGGUGAAAUAGUUUCAUCUAGGAUAUUGAAAGACCCAGAGGGGAACAGUAAAGGUGUUGGAUUUGCCAGGUUGGAAAGUAAGGAAUUAUGCGAAAAGGCAAUCAAAGCCCUGAACGGCAAACCAGUAACCCAAGGAGGAGAGCCUUUGAUAGUCAAAUUUGCUGAAGCUCCGAAUCCAAACAAGAAACGGCCUCUAGUCUACUUCGCUCCUGCAUGGGCAGCAGCUGGAGCGGGAAUGGAAGAUAACGGACAACUUCCAGCAAUGAGCUUCGUGCAGCCAAUGUAUUCAGAUGUGUCGUUACAACAGAACGGAGCUUCCGCUAUUCCUACACCAGGCCCUAGACCUCUACUUAUACACCCUUCAAUGCAGAUGGUACCUCUACCAAUUCAGUACAACAACAUUCCAAACGGACAGUGGAUGUCCCCGCAAUUUGUUCCCCUGACUACAUUCCCCCCUCAACUGUCACCGGUUGAUCAUCACGCCCUGGCAUCUCAGAUGGGACAGUUGCACCUCGGAGGAGGCUAUAUAGGCACUCCAAACUCCUACACUCCAUACAGCACACCUCAGGCUGUAAGCACUAACUCUAUUGCCAGUGAGAACCACACUACUAACGAUGCCCAUCAUCCCAACUACACUAUUUAUGACACCAGCCUACAAUAGAACAAAAGCGCAGUAGAAGGCUGAAAAAGGCACUAAAGAAAUGCAUGCACCUGCACAACAGGGAGUCGUCGCGAAUUAUUUGCAGAAACUUUAAUUCAUCAACCGAACUCUUGAAAUUCUCGAACGAUCUGUAAAAUUUGUCAAUGAUUUCGACGAAAAAUACCAAAAAAAAUGUGAUAAUGGUUUGAAAAGAACCGACGAAGCUUUUGAUUUUCUCGAUGUAUUCGAAUCGUUCCAAAACAUCAAAAUUUGGAAGUGAUGGUCGUAUGCCAAACAGUUUGUUUUGUCAAAAAUCUGGCGACGAAACAAACGAUUAGCGGACCCAGUGGUAGGCUCUGAGAGGGACUGUCUUCAGAAGAUCAGAUUGUAUCUGAUAGGUUGUGUACUGUGAAUCUUUCUAUUGUGACUAAAGGAUGCGCAAACCCAUUUACACCAUUUAGUUCCCCGUAAGUUGUUUUCCGAUUUAAUUUUUGCAAUGAUAUUUGUCAAUUUCUAGGUCUUUUUAAGAUGUUUUAAUAAUGUUUGGGUGUAUUUAAAUAUUGGGUUUCGACUUGGGCAUAUAAAUCUCCUUUUCUAUUCUUGAUUAGUCAGCAUAGCUCAUAUAUCUUCGGUCACAAGACAUUUUGUUGCUUAAUUUUUGUACUGGAACUAAAGAUUUGAAAGAACUGCCUGAUCAGAUGAUGCGGUUGAUUGCCGACACACCAUUUAACGUGUACAAAUGGUUAUUCGAAAAUGAUUUGUAAAAAUCUUUUUCUUGUUUUUAAAAUAUUGGUGCUCAUGUUAGGUUUAUUUUUUCACAGAAUUUUGAGUCCGGAGCACAUAGGUACCCCUGAAUUAAAAAAUCACUGCGGAAUCCCAAACUGUGGACAUGUUGAUGUAGUCCUACGUAUCAUGAAGCUCCUUUUGUACUGUACAGUUGAGAGAUUCCGGGGUACCUUUAUUUUGAUUGAGAAUGAGUGAAAAUUGAUUCAAACAUUCGAAGAAUUCAGUUCCUUCUAAACGGCUAACAGGAACAGGUUUUGUUGUUUUUAUUUUGUAUUUCUGCGAGCGAAAUGUUUUUACGUGUCCAGUAGCCAUUUUUAUUUGAUUGUUUUCUUUAAUAGAAAUUUAUUUGAAAAAAUUCCUGUCCUCGAAGGGAAAUUUUCUUACGGCUCCCAAAACCUUCCCAGUAUGAGGUGUCUCCCUUCUUCCCUGAAGCUCAUUUUUAAUUUAAUUUUUUAAGUGAGUAUACUUUUAGCAGGUGACUGAUGUUUUUAUAAGUCAAGUUUUUAUGCUAGUGCUAGACAGAACGCCAGGACUGCAGAUUGUGUUGUGUGGCAUUAUAUCGAGAGCUUGAGUCGCACUGAUUUUGUCUAGAUGAUCAUAUCUAGAUAUGAUCCUUAUCCGACCCCUUUUAAACUCGAAUGAUUUUAAUCACAUUCCAACUUGCUGCUCUGCCAUUUAACUAUUACAUCUUGUUUAUUCAGUUGAGUCACAGAUAAUGGCAGUGCUUUAAGUUUAAAUGUUAUUUAGUUUUGGAACACCCUGUAAUUUGUAUGUAAGGUGUGCCAGUGUGUUAUAUCACCAGAUGGAGAGUUGUCUCUAGCAGCAGCUGUGUAAUUUGGAUCCAGAAACUUUGUUUACAAUAAAUUGGUAGGAUUUACCUUAUCUUCAGAUUAUGAGAUGGUUUUUUGAAUUUUUAGAUGUGCAGAAAUGCAGUGGUUAGGUGUAUUAUUUGGAAUAAUUUGACGAAAAGUGCCGGCAAAUAUGAAAUAUGUCACGAAAUUGAGUAUUCCCUGACUUGAUAGCUCUGUACAUAAAUUUAAAAUUGAAUUCUUUGAAA